AUGGGGAUUCAGAACAUUGGGGUCACAGGGUUCCAUCCACAGAAUCCCCGGAAGGCAGAGGAGCCCGUUCCAGAGGGAAGCGGAUGGGAAGCGGGACAGCCUUGGAGCUUCUCCCAGUUCCUGGGCCGGCAGCCUGGCCACAGGGAUCACUCUCUGGCUCCCAGAGCUUUCCCCUGGAUCAGGUUGGAGGCAGGAGAUGCUUCAUUUCUUCUCUGCUUUCAGGUUCCUCUGCUUUUUGGAGCGCUCUCUGGAGCCCAAGGGCGGGCUGUGCUUGGGGAUCCACGGCUGGGAAGGAGAAGCUGUUUGGAUGAGAAGGUGCAGGAGGUUCCAAACUGGCCUGGCUUCAGCCUGGAGAGGGAGAAAGGAAGUUUUCCAAUCCAGUUCAAACAAAAUCCGGGCACAGCUUCCAAUGCACGUUCCAAAGCUGGAAAUGGAGGGAACCUGAGGAAGGAAAGGCAGAGGUCCCUGUGCUGUGCCAGGCUCCAACAUCCCACCUUUGAGGAACCAAACCCUGAGGGCUUUGUGCUGAUCCAGGAACCCAGAACUAGGGGUCGUGUGUGCCCGGAGAGCUCCAUAAAGAGCCCCUUGUGCCGGCUGGGAAUGCCGGGGCAGGCGGGAAGGGCUGCGCUCACUCAGCACUGCACAGCCGGCUGCACUUCCAGGGACUUUGGGAGAACGAGCCCGGUGUUAAGGAGACAAACACUGGUUUGGGACCCCGAGGUGCAGCGAGGAUGGAUGGAUGGAUGGACGGAGGGAUGGAGAAAAUUUGGGUGCAUUCCAAUGCCAGGAGUUCACGGGUUUGGGAGUGGAGGAAAGGUCCUGCCUGAGGGGCAAGUCAGUGUGUGUUGGCUGUGUUGGAUAAGGGGCUAUUUUUAGAUCCUGGAAGCCUCCUCCUCCUCCUCCUUCUCCUCCUCCUCCUGGAGGCUCCAAUUUCCAGGCGGGGUGGGAUCAGCCUGAAAGGCCACCCGUGGAUAACACACUGCUGGAAUGGAGGGAAGGGGGGACAAGGUGAGCCCACCUUCCCUGCCUGCUUCUCCCUCCUGGGGGUGGGCAUGGCCAGGGAAGGGUUCUGGCAGCGAUGUCCUUCAGGACAGGGAGCCAGCAGGACCCAGUUCCUCUGGAUCCGCUGUCUGGUGGCACUGGGGGACCUCAUCAGGCAGCAACUCCCUUUGGAAACAGUCCAUGGACCUCAGCACUGUCCCAGUUCCAGGAAGCACUGACAUUAUUAUUAUUUUGUUAUUGUUAUUAUUAUUUAUCAUUAUUGUUGCUGUUAUUAUUAUUGUUAUUGUUAUGGACUAAUCCAGGCUGAAAGGAACCUCAGGAGAUCAUCCAGUCCAAGCUCCCGGAGCACAGGCUGUGCCCUCAGCUUGUGAGGGAUGGAUCUGGUGGGAGCAGUCAGCUGUGCUGGGCAAAACUCUUUCUCCAGACUUGGGAAAAGCAAUUCCAAGGUCUUGGCCAACUGCUGACCUGUUUGCAAAGUUCUGCCUUCCCCUCUCGGUGACAGAGAUCGGCAGUUGAGUGUAUUUCUCCGUGGGAUUUCUCCUGAACACCCAGGGAAUUCCCGAGCUGGAGGCUGAGACAGCACAGUCACGCCCUUUCCACCACCCCAGCACAAGAACUCAUGAGGACAGCUUGGGAUGGGCUGGUUUGCACGUGAGUUUAAUGGGGAAAAACAGAGAGGGAAAAAAGCCUGGUUCAGGAGAUAACCUGCUGGAAAACACAGUGGGGUAUGGUGUGUAAGAACCUUCUGCCCUCACUGCAGUAUGUCUGUGAGAACACAAAUACUUAUAAACAUGGGGCUGGGAGAGGAGACAGUGGCUGAACAGAGGCAUUUGCUGUAGAACUGAAGGGACCUCAAACCAUGAGCGAUUCCAGCUUCAUCUGCCCUGUUUAUCCAUCACUUUAUUCCUCUCUGGGGCUCUGCUUUGCCCACAGGGACAGCAACCAUAAUGCAAGUAAACACUGCUGUGUGCUCUGCUCCCCUUUCUUCCCUCUGUCCACAGGGAGAAGAGUCAGCUCUGAAGGAAAUAAAAGCCCACGGACAGAAAUGCUUUUUCCUCUGGAUGAGCCCCUGUUGCUGGGCACACUUUGCAGCUGGAGGAGCUCAUUAAAUCUAUUCCCAUUAAAUCUACUCCCAUUCAAUCAAGCAGGGGCUGGAAAGCUGCUCUGGUCUGUCUUGUGCUGCCACCAGGGAAAUGGGAUGUGCCUGGCUGCUGGAGUGGACGUGGAGCGGGAUAGAGCUGUAAACUGGGGUUGGAAACCGAGGAAGGAAUUCCUGGCCUCAGUUUUGCCUCAUCUAAUGGCAUAAGGGCUGCAGGCAGGGCAAGGUGGUUUCUGAGAUUCCCAUCCACCCCAAUCUGCUUCUGCUGUUCCAGCGGGCCAAGGGAACGGGUUGGAAGCACCCCCACCAUUCCCCGCUGACAGCGGGCACUCAAACCCGGGCACUCAGGAGCGAGGGCGUGUUCUAAAGGCUCUGUGCCAGGGCGGUAAGGAGGAUGCAGAGCUAUCGGAGUGCCCGAGGAAAGGCCGUGAAGGUGGCGCAGGGUCUGCAGGAGAAGCCGGCCGAGGAGCGGCUGAGGGCACUCGGAUUGUUCAGCAGGAGAAGGGAGCGGAGACCCAUGGGGGUCUCACGGGGGGCAGCUCUGCGGGACAGGGACGGGACCCGCGGGCACGGCCGGAGCUGCGCCAGGGGAGGCUCAGGAUGGAGAUCAGGAAAGGGUCUUUUUCCACCCCAGCUGCUCCGCGGAGCGCCGCUGGAAGCAGGAGCCGCGGUUCCCGGAGGAACACGGGGGAUGCUGAGGCGCUGGCGGCCGGCUCCUCCCGCUGAAGGAGGAAAGGCUCGGGAGAUGCCCCCGGAGCGCCGGGAAAAUCCACCUUAAC